GAAGGAAAAGCAGGAGGAUGGCAGCCAUCUGGGAAGUUCUCACUGCUCUGCUGGUGGGAUUUCUGAUCCUGGAUUUCAUCAAGCUGCUCUGGUCAAGCAGGCAUUACCCUCCUGGGCCUAUUCCACUCCCUUUCAUUGGUGGACUCUGGCGCGUUGGGACCAAGCUUUCCAAGGAUUCUUUCAUUAAGCUGGGAAAGCAAUAUGGAGACAUUUACACUAUGUGGGUGUGGCAUCAUCCUGUGGUAGUUAUUUCUGGAUUUUGUGCCAUGAAAGAAAGCUUGAUCGACCAUUCAGAAGAUUUUGCUGAUCGACCCCUUUCAACUUUUCUUUUAGCAAUAUGUAAAGGUAAAGGGAUUGCAUUUGCAAAUGGUCACACCUGGAAACAGCAGAGACGUUUUUCCCUCAGCGCUCUACGCAAGCUGGGGCUGGGGAAGAAUCGCAUGCAGCACAGAAUAGAAGAGGAGGCCCUUCGGCUGGUGGAGAUCUUUGCACGCACAAAGGGGCAGCCAACGGAUCCUUCACCAUUCAUCAACAAUUCAGUCUGUAAUUUGAUUUCCCUUUUGAGUUUUGGAUACCGGUUUUCCCAUGAAGACGCAAAGUUCCAGUCGGCAAUGCAAGACCUUAGUAAUUACAUGAAAUUCGGAGGCUCCACCUUCUUAUUGCUGUACGAAUUGUUUCCAUGGCUAAUGAAAUAUCUCCCAGGGCCUCAUCAGAAGGUCCUAGCAUCCUUGGAGAGAGGUAUGUUACUUGUAAAAGAGGAGAUGGAGAAGCACAAGCAAGAUUUGGCCCUGCGUGAGCCACAGGAUUUCGUAGAUCUCUAUCUUCUCCAGAUAGAGCAGAAACAGAGUGAGCCCAACUCUACCUUUAAUUACGAAAACAUGGCUCAUUGCAUUUUGGAAUUCUUUGCUGCUGGGACAGACACAACAGGAAGUUCUCUGCAAUGGGCUCUGUUGCUCAUGGUGGCUUAUCCAGAUAUCCAAGAUAAAGUCUACAACGAGAUGGAAGCUGUUUUGAGUUCCUCUAACUCAAUCUGCUAUGAAGAUCGGUGGAAACUCCCUUACACACAUGCUGUGGUUCAUGAAAUUCUACGUUCAAAAUAUGUCUUACUUGUUGGUAGUCCCAGGCAAACAAAGAAAAAUGUAAACCCAUGUGGUCUUCCUAUUCCAAAGGGAACUUUCAUUAUUCCCAGUUUCCACUCUGUUCUUCUGGAUCCCAAGCAAUGGGAGAGCCCUGAAGAAUUCAAUCCAAGUCAUUUUCUGGACAAGGAUGGAAAUUUUAUGACUAGAGAAGAAUUUGUGGCAUUUGGAGCAGGGUCUCGUGUAUGUUUGGGGAAACAUUUCGUCAGAGCUGAGUUUUUCCUUUUCUUUACCAACCUGCUGAGGACCUUCCAAUUCCAGCUGCCAGAAGGAGCGAAAGAACUCAGUCAGGAACCGGUAGUGGGAAUCACCUUACAUCCUCAACCUUUUAAGUUCUGUGCUAUUCCUCGCUGCAAGUCAACCUAAAAUAGAGGAAAAUUAAGAUAGGGUGUGAACAUCAUUUCUGUGGCUUUUAAAAUGAUUCCCAGUUUCUCAGUCAUUCCGUUUCCUUUCCUAUGAGGUUCUGCCUUAACUUGCUCUGCGCUCAAACGCGUUCUGUCCUAAAGGAUCUCCUGUCUGUCUGAAACCAGAUCCAUCCUGCAACCCCUUGCUUGCUUUUGUUCACAGGUGAUGAAUGUUGGCAGAAGAAGGAAGUGGGGUGGUUUUGCAAGGAGGCACCACAGAUGGAAGAGUUAUGAGCGCCAUGUCCACCAAGGGAUGGCAAAAGGUCAAGGCAGUGGCUGCUGCCAUGUAAUCCAAGCCCUAUUUUAUGUGCAAGGUGGCUUCAUGAUCAGAGCCCUGCCCCGUUGUAUCUGCAUUAUGUAACGUGUCUAAAGAAGGGAGGGGCUUUGACUGCCUGCCCACAGCCGCCAUCUUGACCUUUCUGACCAACCCCCGAUGCCCCCAGCUGUGAGGGGAUGCAAAAAAUGAGAAAUGGUGGUAGUGAUGUACCUCUUCCACUGGUACACCACCCAGAGUCAUAAAUCAUGAGGUUGGUGGCUAAAUUAAAUUAAAUUAAAUUAAAUUAAUUUAAAUUAAAAUACUCCAGCAUUUUCGAGAAGGAAAUAAUCCUAAAGUGAAAAGGGGAUGACUUUUGGUGAGGAAGAUGAAAGCUUGAGAACUUGGAAUGGUUUGGAGGAAAAGUUAGCCUUUCUGCAGUAGCUUCCCUUUUGCUUGCUUCUAAUUAAGAAAACCCUAAUUACUUUUGCAUUUCUAUGUCUUUCUCUCUGCUUUAAACCUGCCAUAGAUGCUAGCAGCCGAGACGGCUACAGUAAGGGGCUAAAUGUGACCCGCUGCCUCCCACAAGGGCUCCUAGGAGCGGCUUGUAUAUCACCCUAAGCCACAGCUUAGCUUCACGUUUCCCGCUGUGGUAAACAGGAGUCCCUCCGCUAGGAGGAGAUGGGCAGUGACACAUUUGAUAGAUAAAUCAAAUAAAUCAAAUAAAUCAAAUAAACAAAUAAAUCAAGUCCGGCCCUGCUGGGGCAUGGUCUGAGCGAGCAGAGCUCGCCUUUCGUUCUCAGCGGUCACUGUGCGCCCACGCUUGGUGAAGCAAUCGCUGCAUAUGUCUAAGCAAGCAAAUCUGCCAGGAGCUGUUGGCUAAAAUAUCACAUUCAGACUGUAGGAUUCCAUGCAUCAAGGGACGAGGACAGAGAGUUAUAUUCAGCCUGCUCGUUUUCAAAUAAAUUGUUGUUGCUCCUGCUGCUGCUGUUAUUAUUAAUAUUCUAGAGCAGCCAUCACUGGCUAGGGAAUCCUGGGAGUUGAAGUCUGCACACCUUCAGGUGGCCGAGGUGGAGAAACGCUGCCCUGGAGGCAUCCAGGUCGGCCAGAGUGGAGGCCAGGUUCUCAUUCCUCCUUGAGGGUAUAAGGUGCCACAGGAAACGCCUGAUAGGAAUCUUCAUGAAAUGAGAUGUGGGUUCAAGAUUUUAUUUUUGCCCCAUAAAUUCUGAAACAGCUUUGGAUCAGGACACCUAGCAGAUCUUCUCCCCAAUAUAGAUCCAGUUAAUCACUAAAAUCACGGGGGGGGGGGGCUCAUUUUGCUUGUGCCCCAACUUUCAUAUUGCCGUUUUGAAAAGCAGACUUUCUCAGCAGGAGCAUCCAAUUUCUCUCCUCCUUUUCUCUCUGAUAGUGUGAUUUUAUUUGCUGGUGCUAAUUUUAAUGGUGAACCAUAUUUUUAGGAGUUUUAGUAUAAGAAUGUCACAUCCUAAUGUAUUCAGCAAACCAGCUAACAGAGGAAUAAAAAUGAAAAACUGAUUCAAAGUCUGCACACACUGGGAUUAGGUGCUCAUGAAAAAACGGUAUCCUGGAACAAGGUCGACGUGCUUUCCCGACCCAGCCGUUCUCGCUGACGGACCACGGGCGACUUUCUACGUGCCUCUAAGAAUUACCUCUCAGGCUGAUAAGCAGUGGCAUUGGGAGGGGUGUGGGUCAAAAACUGCAAGAAGGCAGGUGCUAAUUUCUAGAAUUUCUUUUAAGAAUUGUUCCUCUUGAGGCAUGUAUCGUGACCACACAGGACCUCUUCUCUCUCUUUUGUCCGUGAGACUUAAUGCCUUGUUUUUAUUUCUUUGUUUGUUUAUGCAAUUUGGAGGUUUGACUCCCGAUGGCUUUCAGUGGUAAAAGCAGGAAAGCAGUGAGAGAGUGUGAGAGGUAAAGAUUUUAACGUGUCAAUAAGUUCAAGCCAGUGAGCAAAAGCAACGCCAUGUUGAAUACUUAAACCAACACGAAGUCAGGAGGAGAUAGUGGGGAAAACCCAUCCAACGAUAAGGGCGAAACUCAUCACUUACCAUGGCAACGGCUAAUCUCAUCAUCUGGUAAUGGCUAAACUUAUCAGGGCAACGGCUAAACACAUCACCUAAUGCGAUAAUGGUUUAAAGCAAAGGCGGCCGGAAGAUUGUAAGUCUGAGAGUACCCAGCCAAUGGGGAAACGGAUAAAGAGGAGCGACGGGACAGGAAGAUGCAUAAAAAUAAACUUGAAAUAUUGUAUGGGGUGGCUUUUCCUUUGGACACGUGGCCUCGUGCUCCUGGGAAGUCCACCACGCUUUGCAAACCAUAGCAGCUCAGAGAGCGAGCGAA